AUGCUCAAUGAAGUGCUCAAGGAUGACUUGGGAAGAUACAUCUGCGUGAAAGGUAGAGUGGGUGACCGAACAUACACAUUAGCGAAUCUCUACAUGCCGAACAGGAACCAAGGUCAGUUACUCAAAUCAGCCAUGGGAACGAUCAGGGGCUUCACCGAGGGCUGCCUCAUCAUGGGAGGCAACCUCAACGUCACUCUGGAUCCCUCACUAGAUACAUCAUCAGGCACACCCCACCACAUUAUUAACUCCAUCCACACCUGCCUAUGGGAACACCGAUUGAUAGAUUGUUGGAGAGCAAAAUACCUGGAGGACCGAGAUUACAUAUUCUUCUCCAUACCCAACCAGACGUACUCGAGGUUAGACUACUUCUUACCCCACUACUUUCUCACAGAUCUGAAAAAAGCACACAUCGGGACAGCUACGUAG